CCAUAUAUUAGAAUAAUCCCAAUAGAUCAUCUCCUCACCCCCCCUCCCAGUCAAAAGGGGAAAACAUCCCCUUCCCCAGCCGUUCCUAUGCGCAAUGGGAAGCAGACGGGGCCUUAGACAUUUCCCCGUCCCGCCCUCCGCAAGCCAAGCCCUUGAGCAUCCUUUCUCUCUUCUCCCUCCAGGAGGCAUCUUCGCGGUGCUCUCCGUUCAUCAGCGCCAGGGAGGGCCGACCGGUGUUUUCCUCCAGCGCGGAAGAGGCGAGAGAGAAAGGGUAUUGCUUUCGAUGACAAUACCAGACCCUAAGAGGCCGACAGUCUGGAUACAGCAUGACAGGGCAGACUGCAGGAGGUUGUGAGGGCUGCUGAAGAUGUCAAAUAGUCUGGAUGCUGAAGAAAAACCUCCAGCCCCUCCACUGAGAAUGAACAGCAACAACCGCGAUUCUUCAGCAGUGAACCACGGCUCCAAACCUCUCCCCAUGGCUCCAGAAGAGAAGAACAAGAAAGCUCGGCUCCGUUCCAUCUUUCCAGGAGGGGACAAAACCAAUAAGAAGAAGGAGAAAGAACGUCCUGAAAUCUCUCUCCCUUCAGACUUCGAGCACACGAUCCAUGUGGGGUUUGAUGCAGUCACUGGGGAAUUCACACCAGAUCUCUAUGGCUCACAGAUGUGCACAGGGAAGUUUCCAGAGGGGAUUCCGGAGCAGUGGGCUAGGCUGCUGCAGACCUCCAAUAUAACAAAACUGGAACAGAAGAAGAACCCUCAAGCUGUUCUGGAUGUCCUCAAAUUCUAUGAUUCCAAAGAGACAGUAAACAACCAGAAAUAUAUGAGCUUUACAUCCGGAGAUAAAAGUGCCCAUGGAUAUAUCGCAGCCCAUCCUUCGAGCACAAAGACUGCAUCAGAACCUCCACUGGCUCCUCCAGUUUCCGAAGAGGAGGAUGAGGAAGAAGAUGAUGAUGAUGAUGACAAUGAGCCACCACCUGUUAUUGCCCCACGACCAGAGCAUACAAAAUCAAUUUACACACGUUCUGUCAUUGAACCUGUUGCGGCUCCAGCCCCAGUGAAGGAACCUACAACCCCUCAGCCUGAGAAUUCCAACUCCAACACCUUGUAUAGAAAUACAGAUCGGCAGCGGAAAAAAUCCAAGAUGACUGAUGAGGAGAUCCUAGAGAAAUUAAAAUGUCAUAGAAGUGUAGAGUUGGAAGGGACCCCGAGGGUCAACUUGUCCAGCCCCCAGAAGCGCAGUUUGCAUGAAGACACCAAACCCAAGUUGAUUCAUCUGAUUCAACAGUUGAAAACGGGAAGCAUUGUAAGCGUUGGAGAUCCGAAAAAGAAAUAUACAAGGUUUGAAAAAAUUGGCCAGGGAGCUUCAGGUACAGUUUAUACAGCGAUAGACGUUGCCACAGGGCAGGAGGUGGCUAUAAAGCAAAUGAAUCUCCAGCAGCAACCCAAAAAGGAAUUAAUAAUCAAUGAGAUCCUGGUCAUGAGGGAAAAUAAGAAUUCCAACAUAGUUAACUACUUAGAUAGUUACCUUGUUGGUGAUGAACUUUGGGUGGUAAUGGAGUACUUGGCUGGUGGCUCUUUGACUGACGUUGUUACAGAAACCUGCAUGGAUGAAGGGCAGAUAGCUGCUGUCUGUAGAGAGUGCCUGCAAGCUCUGGAUUUCUUGCAUUCAAACCAAGUGAUCCAUAGAGACAUCAAGAGUGACAACAUUCUUCUUGGGAUGGAUGGAUCUGUCAAACUCACUGACUUCGGCUUCUGUGCUCAGAUCACUCCCGAGCAGAGUAAACGGAGCACAAUGGUGGGAACCCCCUACUGGAUGGCUCCUGAAGUGGUGACAAGAAAGGCAUAUGGGCCCAAAGUGGACAUCUGGUCUUUAGGGAUCAUGGCCAUAGAAAUGGUGGAAGGAGAACCUCCAUAUCUCAAUGAAAAUCCUCUCAGGGCCUUGUAUUUGAUAGCUACAAAUGGGACUCCAGAACUGCAGAAUCCCGAGAGACUCUCUGCUGUUUUCCGAGACUUUCUGAACCGCUGUCUGGAGAUGGAUGUUGACAGGCGAGGGUCUGCGAAAGAGCUCUUGCAGCAUCCGUUUUUAAAACUGGCCAAGCCGCUCUCCAGCCUGACUCCCUUGAUCAUCGCAGCCAAGGAGGCCAUAAAGAACAGUAGCCGCUAGAGCGCUGAGCCGCGUGUGCCCAAUUCCUCUACGGCAGGACUGGACAAAUACUAAGUAGAGCCUCAGACUCUUCUGCCGGAGGAUGGGCAGGCAGAAACCGACACUCUCACAGUCCACGGGGGGAGGGAGGGAGGCAGCAGCCUUCUGCCCCUUCCCCUGGAAAAGAAACCUAUCACGUAUCUUCUUUCCACUCUACAAUUCCCCAAUUUAUUUCUGAAUGGGAGCCUGAUUGAGAGGGGCAGGACUGGAAGCCUCUGUGCUCUUUUGGCCAUUUCCAGAGCACCAAUGGCACAGCCCAACCAGCACUCAACCAGGCAGAAGUGAUAGGCCCAAACAUCCUGCCCUCCCCAUUUUUCAUUUUUGUUUUUUGUUUUUGUGGGGCAAGGGGGGCUGGAUUUGUGGCCUCUUUCACCCUGGUUGUUGGGAAAGACCCAAACUGUUUGCAAACCACUGGUCUGUUUGCUUGUCAUGAGAUGAGGAGGAUCAUGAAGAAGCUUGCUUUAUUUAACCAAAAGAAAAAGAAAGAAUCAUAGAAUCAUAGAAAUAUAAGGGGCCCUGAGGGUCAAGAAAGAAAGAAAAAAUAAUACUAAAUCAAGAAGCAGGUCAGUCUCAGCAUCCUCUCUGAGAGUUUAUGCUUCGAAAUACAGAAUACAGAUAGCGAUUGCAUUCCUGGACAGCCUGGCGAGGGUGUCAUUAAUAUUGGUGCUUUUGUGUUGGUGAGUUUUCCCUUCCCAAAGCAAAACAGACAAAUAGAAGCAUAUAAACCACAUUUAUGUAACACUGCAGCUUUGAGUAUGUGGCAGUGGGACCAUUCCUGCCUGGUGUCCAUUCGCUUCUCCAUAAUGCUGAGCAGCUCCUCUCUGAAGGACUGGAACAGAAGGCCACCUUUCUGCUUCUUACUCCACAGCUGCUCCAUAGAUUGGUGGAACUGAACUUGCUGUCCCCAGUUUAAGAUAACACCCCAGUGCUAACCACACACACAAACUUGGGAUAAAUUCCCUUUGAUUUCAGGACAGCAACAAGGCAGGCUAUCACCUCCAUCCAUGAUGGUGCUGCCUUGAAGGACAGAAUCUCAUACAAUGUUAGUGUAAUUGAAUCUAGGAGGAAGAUGGGGAAUCUGUGGGCCUCCAGAUGUUGUCGGAUUACAACUCCCACCAUCCAUGACCAGCAGUCAUGUUCAUCACAAUGGACAUGAGGCUGCUGAGAGCAAGUGUGGUGUAGUGGAUAAGAGCGGUAGACUCGUAAUCUGGUGAACUGGGUUCAAUUCCCCGCUCCUCCACAUGCAGCUGCUGGGU